AUGAGUGCCGAUGAAAAUGAUCCAUUGUUACAGGCAUUAAAUGCUGAUACCAAUAACAACCAAGAUUCCAACAACGCAAAUGCUGGAUCUACAACAACCAGUGCACCAGCCGAGCCAAUUGAUCCAGAAAGAGAAAGAGCUUUAUCGAAAUUCAAGGAUAAAUUAUUAGAGCACAGAAAGUGGGAUGCCAGAUUGAAAGAUCUUAGAUUAAGUAUACGAGAUUUGGACAAGGAUUAUGAGAAAACUGAAAAUGAUAUAAAAGCUUUGCAAUCUGUGGGCCAGAUCAUUGGUGAAGUAUUGAAACAAUUGGACGAUGAAAGAUAUAUUGUAAAGACUUCUUCAGGGCCAAGAUAUAUUGUUGGAUGUAGAAACACCAUCAAAAAGGAAAAUUUGAAGAAUGGUGUUCGUGUUUCAUUGGACAUGACCACCUUGACAAUAAUGAGAAUUUUGCCAAGAGAAGUUGAUCCAUUGGUUUAUAAUAUGACUACAUUUGAACCAGGUGAAAUUUCAUUUAAUGGUAUUGGUGGUUUAACUGAACAGAUCAGAGAAUUGCGUGAGGUCAUUGAGUUACCAUUAAAGAAUCCAGAAUUAUUCACAAGAGUUGGUAUUAAACCGCCUAAGGGGGUGUUGUUAUAUGGUCCACCAGGGACUGGUAAGACCUUGUUAGCAAAAGCAGUUGCUGCCACAAUUGGUGCAAAUUUCAUAUUUUCUCCAGCAUCAGCUAUAGUCGAUAAGUAUAUUGGGGAAUCUGCCAGAUUAAUUAGAGAAAUGUUUGCAUAUGCCAAAGAGCACGAACCUUGUAUUAUAUUUAUGGAUGAAGUUGAUGCCAUUGGGGGUAGAAGAUUCAGUGAAGGUACUUCUGCAGACCGUGAGAUUCAAAGAACAUUAAUGGAAUUGUUGAAUCAAAUGGAUGGAUUUGAUACAUUGGGACAGACAAAGAUUAUAAUGGCAACUAACAGACCCGAUACUUUAGAUCCAGCAUUGUUGAGAGCUGGUAGAUUGGAUAGAAAAAUUGAAAUUGGUUUACCUAAUGAAGCUGGAAGAUUGGAAAUCUUCAAAAUCCAUACAUCAAAAGUUGCUAAACAAGGUGAGUUUGAUUUUGAAGCUGCCGUUAAAAUGAGUGAUGGUUUUAAUGGAGCAGAUAUAAGAAAUGUAGUUACCGAGGCUGGUUUUUUUGCAAUUAGAGAUGAUAGAGAUUACAUAUUACAAAAUGACUUGAUGAAAGCGGUUAGAAAAGUUGCUGACGUCAAAAAAUUGGAGGGUAAAUUGGAUUACGAAAAAUUGUAA